AUAAACGGCAUAUAUACACGAUAUAUCCAUACAUCGAGAAUGGCGCCAACGAUUUGUGUACCGGAAUUAUCAAUGCACGAUCAGAACGGUGCUGGCUCUUACAUACGGCGUCGUCAACGCACUUUAAAUAAUGGGAUCGUAAGGGAGCAACAACGGUUGGAAAUAAAGCGGAUUUUUAAUCACUCCGAAAACAAUCGACUCGGUUCGUUGUCUCCACCUCCGAGUCCGGUAUGGGAACCGACAUGCCCGAUAAGUUCGUUUUAUCCAACGAGAAGUUGUCUCGCAUCGAACGCCAGGACGUCAUCCACAGAUCACCUGACCGAACAUUGGCGAUCAUUUUUUGCCCAGCGAGAAGGUCUGCUGGACAUCGUCGCCCGGACCAUGAUUCUCGUUCGGCGCAACCACAUGCUGCAGAAACGGGUGAACGCGCUGCGUUCCGAAACCCGGGAGUUCAUCCGUUCGGUUAUGAGCAACCCUGAGAACAGCAGCAGCAAACCAGAAAAACCUGAAGUUUCUCCGUGCCUCGAUACCGCGGUGUCCUCAAACUUCGAAGUCUUUUUAUCCAGACCUACACCUCCGCCCACUCCGGACUCGUCAACCGGAUAUUCCACCAUGUCGGUACCGAGUGUGGACAACGAUGGAAGCUCUGACUGUUCCUCGGACGAUUAUUACGAGGCCGCCCAAAAAGUUACACAGGAUCCCAAAGUUUCAAGCUCAUAAGAUAGAUCCUGAUCGUCGUUCUCCCGUUACAUCGUCUAAACUAAUUAACUCGCGUCUCUGAUAUCCCAUGUAAAGGUCUCUGCAAGAGAAAUCGCGCUGUGUACUCGGUCUCGCCGGCGAGUCGUGUAAUUCAAUAUUAUAUCAUAUUAUACUAUAUUACAUUAUAUUAUAUUCGUAACGUUAUAUGACUCGAAUUGAGGUGCGAUCAUAGUUAAGGUCAUGAGGUCUCGUUAUAACGAGAGUUCAACGAGUUUCGUGUUACACGCCUUUAAACUAGCCUCCAAAAUUUUUGAACGCAUGAACGUGUCGUACGUACAGGUAUAUUUUUUUUUUUUUUUUGCAACUCAUAUAUCUGCCACUUCGAUAUGUGGACACAAAAAUGCCUCGAGAAUGAAUAUAUGCCUUGUGAUUAUAUAGCGAAGACUAAGCGCGCCGGUUCAAUUUGCAGGAAUUUCAUUAUAGUUAUUUUCUUUGCACCCAUGUAACAAUUAUGAAACGAUAAUUACAUGUUUUUAUUUGAAUAUCAAAAUCCAAUUUGGCAACGUAUUAUGAAACUACUUGGCAACGAGAAUUCGUUGACUACGAUCAGAUUCCAGCCAAUGCGAUACGUCUGUAAAUUCAAUAUUAAAAUCCAGUGAAAAACAAGUAUACUACAUAGAUAUACCAUAAGCAUAUAAAUAUUAUACAUUUUACCGAAAUACGCGCAUCACAAUUCCUACUAGUAAAUACGUAUAGCCAUCUUCACAGAUAACUUGAUCCUACUUAGAUGCCUACGUUCUCCAUAGCUUUAUUAUACUUACACGGCUUUAGGAUAUAACGUAUCGCACCGGAGAUUGGCGAAUAAUAAUUCAUUAAAAUCUAUAGAUUCUCGCAGGGGAAACGCGUUCGAUUACAUGACUCCGAUAAUAAUAAAAUAAAUAAAUAUGAUGAGUAAUAGAUUUUGUCGAUGAAUGAUAAUAUCAAUAACAAUAAUAAUAAUGAUGAUAAUAUCAGGUGCAAAAAGCAAUGUAGGACUCGAUAAACUUGAUUGUAUACAUACAUACAUACUUACAUAUAUACAUUAUAGAUAUAGUAGACAUACACGUGUACUUUGUGAUUGUGCGAUAAUCAUACAUAUGUAUAGUAGUACUUUAGGAGAUAAGAUCUAUUUCUCAUUGGCACUCAAUCGAACAUAUGUGAUAUAAAAAAUCGACUCAACUUUGUCGAUUCAUUUUACUAUAAUUAGUUAACUGUACAACACUUAUCCGAGUUCCUGAUUUACAUCCUUUAUUCGCGUCAGACAACCGUGAUCUAGCAAGAAUUUUAUUGCCGUUGAUUUUAUAGCACGAUCUAUCGGUAGUUUUCGAUUUAUAUUUAUAACAGGAUAUGUGUCGUGAUUAUUUUUACAAAAAAAUAUCAUGGAAUGAUGGGCUACUCGAUUAUGAGUUCAGAUUGUUAGUGUUAGAUGCAUUGAGAAAGCACAGUAGAAAUAUUUUUUUCCAAAUAGAUUGAUCGAUAAGCAAAAUCAAGGAUAAAUUAUCGCGAUAUUUACGAAUGACGCGUGAUUAAUAAGCUCAAUUCUCAAUUGUAUACGUUGAUGAUAUGUAAUUUGUUCAUUUGCGUGCCAAUCUAGGCUCUCUGUGACUCAAUGUUUAAAUUCUAAAGUCUGUAAAUUAUUGUCAGUUACAUACACUGCACUGAUAAGUGCCUGUGUUGUGUAUACUGCAGUGAUGGGGUAGUGACAGUUUACACGCAGGUUAUAUAAUAUAUGCAUUAGGAUAUUAGGAUUAGAUUUAACAUUAUAAAACUAUGUAGCUUCCAGCAUAUCAAGCCUUGGGGCUUACCAUAAUUAGCUUACAACUUAUGGUCUAGACGUCUGUUUUCUAAUAUAAAAAAUAUAAUACAUACCUUAAUACCUUAUAAUAAAUUAUAUCUGAGUAAGAAAAGCCAAAUCAAAUUUGAUCAAUAACCAAAAACACCAUGAAAGUGCGAUCUUUCGAAUUAUAUUGUUAUUAUUAUUUUCAUUAUAUCUUGGUGAUCUCAAUGUACUAAACAAAAUGUCCUGAUAAAGUUCAUUGCAAAAUACCCAUUCGAAGAAUGGAAUGGGAAAAGAAUUGAUACAAAAAAUGUUUCACUAACAAUGCAAUAAGUAAAUAAUUUAAAAGAGAAGAAAGGAAAAACAACAAAGUAUACUGGUGUUGGAUUAGCUUACAUGAGGUGUAAUUACGCAAUGUAGUAAAAUGCUUAUCAGCAUUACCAAUGUUUUUUCUUUCCAAUCAUAAUAAAUAUAUAAUGUGAACAAGUGCAGGAGAAAAUUAAUUACGUUUGGCAGUAGUUUUAAAACGUAGUCAUUAGCUGUAUGAAGAAUUCGAUUGUUUAUAAUUUAUUUAUUUAUUAUUAAUUAAUUAUUUAUGGAGUGUACGAUGCAUUGUGUACAUCUUCUCGUUUAUAACCUUGAUAGUAUUACCAAUUUUACAAUUAUAUAAUUUAAAUUUGUUUUUAGUUGUUAUACAAUACAUACACCUUAUACUUAAGACACUAUAUACCUACCAAUUAAAAAAAUAUUUCAUCAACGAA